GGCGGCAGGCCCAUCGCGGCCGGUGCCCCCUCUGCGCGGCCCCGUGCGGGCGGUGGAAGCCCCCUGCUCCCCCCCGGGUGCUCGGCGUGCGGGGGCGCGCUGGCGCGGGUUUGCGCGUCGUUCGCUGGGCGUUCCGGGCUCUGAGGAAAGGCCGGCGUGUCCCGAGCAGGGCCGCCGCUGUCAAGUUCCCCCCCGCCCACGGGGGACGAGGCUCUUGGCCAAACAGCUGCCUAGAUCUAUGUAUCGAUCUGAACAUUAAAAAAAACUUUAAAAUUUAGACAUAGGUGCUUUUCCCUAGUGUUUUGCACCAUGACAGCUCCCACAGGAGCGUGAAAGAGUGAAGGAUGGACUCGCUGGAUCACAUGCUGACGGACCCGCUGGAGCUGGGACCAUGUGGGGAGGGAAAUGGCACGCGAAUCAUGGAGGACUGCAUGUUGGGUGGGACAAGAGUUAGUCUGCCUGAGGACCUGCUGGAGGAUCCUGAGAUCUUUUUUGAAGUUGUCAGCUUGUCUACGUGGCAGGAGGUGCUGACAGAUGCACAGCAAGACCACUUAAAAAAAUUCCUGCCACGCUUUCCUGAAAACAACCGAGAGCAUCAGAACAAACUCAUCUCUGCACUGUUCAGUGGCGAGAACUUCCGUUUUGGAAAUCCACUGCACAUUGCUCAGAAACUUUUUCGAGAUGGGCACUUCAAUCCUGAGGUUGUGAAGUACAGGCAGCUCUGUUUCAAGUCCCAAUAUAAACGCUACCUAAGCUCUCAGCAGCAGUACUUCUACCGACUGCUCAAGCAGAUUCUUGCUUCCCGCAACUACUUGCUGGAUUUAGCUAGGAAAGGAGGCCCUGACAUGACCCUGAGGAAAAAGCACUUCUCACCGAUGUGUGACACAGAAGAACGGGACAGACGGACACAUCGGCGCUAUUUGAAGAUUCUGAGGGAAGUGAAAGAGGAGUGUGGAGAUACUACCUUGUCUUCUGAUGAAGAAGAUCUAAGCUCCUGGCUUCCAGAUUCUCCGGCUCGUUGUCCAAGUCCAGCAGUUCCACUGAGAGUGAUCCCCACAUUAUCAACCUUGGACAUGAAAACAGCAGAUAAGAUAGAACUUGGGGAAAGUGACUUGAAAUUGAUGUUGAAGAAGCACCAUGAGAAGCGAAAGCGUCAACCUGACCACCCAGAUCUAGUGACAGCGGACCUGACUCUUGAUGAUAUUAUGACUCGUGUAAACGCUGGCAGAAAAGGUUCCUUAGCAGCCUUAUUUGACCUUGCAACCCUGAAGAAAAAAGUGAAGGAAAAGGAAGACAAGAAGAAAAAAAAGCUGAAGAUGAUUAAAUCUGAGGUGGAAGAUUUGGCUGACUCCCUAAGCAAUGCAGAUGGGAUCCCAUCAAUGUCUCAGGAUCCUUCCCCCAUCACUCUGUCGUCUGUCAAAGAGGAACCUCUUGAGGAGAUGAAGCCGUGCCUUGGAGUAAAUGAAAUCUCUUCCAGCUUCUUUUUCCUUCUUUUGGAGAUUUUGUUUCUGGAAGGACCUGCUAGUCUCUCUGUGCUUGAGGAUAAAGUUCUAGAUUGGCAAUCUUCUCCUGCCAGCACACUAAAUAACUGGUUCUCCUUUGCCCCCAACUGGUCUGAACUGGUUUUGCCUGCCUUGCAGUACUUGACAGGUGAUAGCAGAGAUGUUCCUUCUAGUUUCUCCCCUUUUGUUGAAUUCAAGGAAAAAACUCAGCAGUGGAAAUUGCUUGGUUCUUGCCAAGAUCAUGAGAAAGAACUGGCAGCACUUUUCCAACUCUGGUUGGAGACCAAAGACCAGACUUUCUUCAAGGAAAAUGAAGACAGCUCAGAUGCCACAACACCAGUUCCCAGGGUAAGGACUGACUAUGUAGUUCGACCUAGCACUGGAGAGGAGAAACGUGUUUUCCAGGAGCAGGAACGUUACCGUUAUAGCCAGCCCCACAAGGCUUUCACCUUCCGUAUGCACGGCUUUGAGUCAGUUGUUGGUCCUGUGAAGGGUGUGUUUGACAAGGAAACCUCAUUAAACAAAGCCCGAGAACAUUCUCUCCUGCGCUCAGACAGACCGGCAUAUGUCACCAUCUUGUCCCUCGUUCGUGAUGCUGCUGCUCGCCUUCCUAAUGGAGAAGGAACUCGUGCUGAAAUCUGUGAGCUGCUUAAAGAUUCCCAGUUCCUAGCUCCCGAUGUCACAAGUGCUCAAGUUAAUACUGUUGUUAGUGGUGCUUUGGACCGAUUACAUUAUGAGAAAGAUCCCUGUGUGAAGUAUGAUAUUGGCCGCAAGUUAUGGAUAUACCUGCACCGGGACAGGAGUGAGGAGGAGUUUGAACGGAUUCACCAGGCUCAAGCUGCUGCUGCAAAGGCCAGGAAAGCCCUUCAGCAGAAACCAAAACCUCCAGCUAAAAUGAAGUCUAGUAGCAAGGAGAGUUCUGUGAAAGCACUCCCUAGCAGCACAUCAGAGCCCAGCCAGCUGAGCCUUAGUGACUCCAGCAUGCCACCAACUCCUGUGACUCCUGUGACACCGACUGCACCAGCAUUGCCCGCAACACCUAUUUCACCCCCACCAGUGUCCGUGGUUAGCAAAAGCGUACCUAGUUCUGGAUCAGAGCCAACAAAACCCAGCCAAAGCGUUCUUCUGGUGUCAUCCCCUACCAUGCCACAGCUUGGGACGUUGCUUUCCACAGCCCAGAGUUCACAGACGCAGCCUGGGCCGCAGCCAGCUCCCACCCGGGUGGUAAGUCACACGGCGUCCUCAGGACUGCCGCAGGUCCGAGUGGUCACUGCCCAGUCCAGCCUCCCAGCCGUGUCUCAGCAAGCCCCAGGGGUAACCCAGCAGCAGCAGCAGCAGCCUACAUCAGUGCCUCAGAUCCGUGUUCCAGCUACAGCCACACAAACCAAAGUGCUGCCUCAGGCUGUGAUGACUCUACCAGUAAAAGCUCAAACCAGCCCAGUGCAGGUGCAAAGACCGGCAACCUCUGUGACAGGACAGACGGGCAUCACUGUGGCAGGAUUGUCUGCAGCACCCAGUCCUGCUGUAAAGCCAGUAACCAGCUCUCCAGGCAGUUCUGCUACAAGCACCUCCUCUACCACAGUCAUUCAGAAUGUAGCUGGCCAGAAUAUCAUCAAGCAGGUGGCUAUUACAGGACAACUUGGCAUGAAGACCCAGCCGGGAAGCGGUAUACCACUCACAGCUACCAAUUUUCGGAUCCAAGGAAAGGAUGUGUUGCGCCUACCCCCAUCUUCAAUCACCACAGAUGCGAAGGGACAGACUGUGCUGCGCAUCACUCCGGACAUGAUGGCCACCCUGGCCAAAUCUCAAGUCACUACUGUCAAACUCACUCAGGACCUUUUCACAGCAGCUGCAGGAAGCAGUGCUAGUGGGAAAGGCAUCUCUGCAACUUUGCACGUGACAUCCAAUCCUGUUCAGACUGCUGAUUCUCCUGCCAAGACUAGCACGGCCACUUGUGCUUCUUCCAGCUCGGCUGGAAGCACAGUGGUUAAAGUGACUCCUGACUUAAAGACUGCAGAGCCAACAAGCUCCGCUUUCAGACUGAUGCCUGCUCUGGGCAUGACUGUGGCAGACCAGAAGAGCAAAGCCGUUACUACAGUGGCAUCCACUGAGGCCAAGCCGGCUGCUACUAUAAGAAUCGUGCAGGGGCUGGGGGUGAUGCCACCCAAAGCUGGGCAGACUAUUACUGUAGCUACUCAUGCUAAGCAAGUACCCUCUUCCUCAGCAGUGAGCGUGCCUGGCACAGUCCAUACCUCAGCUGUCUCAUUACCGACCAUGAGUGCCACAGUGUCGAAAGCAGUAGCUGUGGCCUCGGGGGCUGCAGGGACUCCCAUAACUAUAGGCACAGGAGCCACUGCUGUGCGGCAGGUACCCGUGAGCACCACAGUAGUAUCCACGUCCCAGGCAGGUAAACUACCAGCACGAAUAACAGUACCUCUGUCAGUGAUCAGCCAGCCAGUGAAAGGCAAGAGUGUGGUGACUGCCCCCAUCAUCAAGGGCAACCUUGGGGCCAACAUCAGUGGAUUGGGUAGAAAUAUCAUCCUGACUACAAUGCCAGCAGGGACAAAACUGAUCGCUGGGAACAAACCAGUGAGUUUUCUGACUGCACAGCAACUGCAGCAGCUGCAACAACAAGGCCAGGCCACGCAGGUGCGAAUUCAAACAGUACCAGCCUCCCAUCUCCAGCAGGGAACAGUGUCUGGCACUACUAAAGCAGUUUCCACUGUGGUCGUGACAACUGCUCCAUCUCCAAAACAAACCCAAGAUUAGCUAUGAACAAUGGUUUGGGAGUGGAUCGCUUUCCAGGAACUUCCCUGAUUCCAUUGUUAUCCUCCAUCCAACCACCCAAGACUACCUAACUGCAGUCAUAGCUAGGGAUUGGACUGAAAUCUGUCACGUGCCAAAAGCACCACGCAUUGCUUUUCCGGAGUCAGCGUUGUGAUGUCUGGGUAGAAAUUCCACAGCAAAAGAUGCUGUGCUUACGAAACAAAAUGUUCAGUCCAGAUGUGUAAAGCUAAGUUCUGUGGCAUUGAUCGUGUAAGAAAUGUCUUCCUCCUUUGUUCUCUUCCCAUUUGAAUGGCUUUUUCCAAAUGGCCAUCAGUCAUUUCUGUGCAUUUUGGGUUGUAGACAAAGCAGUUAAUCUUGGGUCUUCCUUAACCAGUGAAACUUGCUUGGAAGGGGUAAUUCAUUGGCUUUUCAAAGUCAUGAUGAAGAGAAGUUCUUUUGCUGGAGACUAGCUGUCAAGACUUUUAUAUAAGUGACUUAGGACAGUGGCUUGGACACCAGUGUUUGUUUGUAACAUAGCCUAGAAGUAGAUCCCUAACACAUUGAGUUUACUAUUUAUAGACUUUUUUAAUACCUCUCCCCUGUCUCUGAACUCAAACUUCAUGUUGAACAGAUCCCAUUUCCAUGUCAAAUUUCUGUCCAAGUCUUUGUUGUGCUUAAAGGCAGGAAGAGUCCCUCAUUGUGACAGUUCUUAUUGUAAAGAGGUUAGUAAACAUGUGAAAGAGUGAGAACUGGAGGAAAUACAGAAAAUCAUUGGGUGAACAAGUGUGUCAGCCAGUGGAGUAUACUAAAGAGGAAAAGGAAAACAGUCACCGGCAACUUCCUACUUUAGUUUUCUUCAGCCAUCUUUUUAUCAGUCAAAAAAAGACUGCGGCCUGUUUUAAAAAAUUGGAAUAUGAUUGCAAAUAUACACAAACUGUAGUCUCUCAGACGUGGACAGAAGAAAGAUUUUAAUUCGUGAUCCUGGCCUUUAGUUUGAUUUUUAUCUUUUCAAUUUUAUCUUUCUAUAGAAAUUGUUUGAAUUUUGCACAUAACCGGAGACAAAUUUGUUACAGUUCUAACGUGACCUGGAAGCAUUCUUUGAAUGAGAUCAGAAGAAAUGUUGGACUAGGAAAAGAAUAAAAGUGCAGAAAGCCUUACAAAUCUGUCUGCCAUCUCUUUUCCAUUUUGUACAGCUUAUGGUUUUGUGUACAAUGAUUGUCUAGCCUGACAAGAGCUAGUAGAUUGUCCAUCUUGCUUUGUAAGAUGGUACUUUUUAAAUUAUUUUCUCCCGUGUUCUUUUUAAAAAUACGUGAUUUGCUCUGAGUUAUACAUUACUGCAUAAAAUCUAUUUAAAAAACCAAAUCUUACAGUUCAGUUCUUCCCAGUGUUAAGCUGAACUUCACAGCAGAAGCCGCAGUUGGAGCUGUGUGUGUUGCUGCUCAGAACCAUUGCACCCGAGCAGAGCAGGCAGCUUUGCUGGGCUUCAGGCUGUGCAUCUCAGGCCUUUGUGCAAUAGCUAAUCUAGUUCAGGGGUGGGUUGGAGGAAGUCAGAUAUUUAAAUAAAAAGAAGCGGAUAGCUGCAAGUGUUCAAUAAGUAAGACGCACCAAUACACCAUUUUGAAGCAUGCGCUUGAAUUAUGAUUUAAAUGCCUCUGGGAUAGAAUUUAGAGCGAUAAAGGUUUUCUGACCCUCUUUCCUGCUUUGUCAAUUUUUGUACCUAUUUGUACCUCUUUUGUCUGUUUAUCCUGUCAGCUAAGUAGACAGCAGGAAGACCUGUGGUUUGGGAGAGAGGUGCUGAAAUUUUUAUGUCCUUUUAUCUGACAAAGGACACCAGAGCCAGUUUAAAACAAAAAAAAUGGAAGAAACAACUAAGAAUUUCCUUGUGUUGCUCAUGUGAAAAAGAACCGCUAAAUUCAAAACAAAUUCAGAAUCCUGUUAUGCUGAUUCUCGUCAUUAUCAAUAAAAUUCUUCAGUUUCAAAACCUAAAAUCAA